AUGAUAGAGGUGAAAAAUGUGGUUAACUUGACAUACCAGAAUAGUGUCAGCUGUGAUGCAUGUUUAAAAGGAAAUUUUCGAGGUCGUAGAUACAAGUGUUUAAUUUGCUACGAUUACGACUUGUGUGCAACUUGUUAUGAAAGUGGUGCAACAACAACGAGGCAUACAACUGACCAUCCAAUGCAGUGCAUACUAACAAGAGUAGAUUUUGAUUUGUAUUAUGGUGGAGAAGCUUUCUCUGUAGAGCAGCCACAGUCCUUUACUUGUCCAUAUUGUGGAAAGAUGGGUUAUACGGAAACAUCUCUUCAAGAACAUGUUGCUUCUGAACACGCAGAAACAUCAACAGAGGUGAUUUGUCCAAUAUGUGCAGCAUUACCUGGAGGGGAUCCUAAUCAUGUCACAGAUGACUUUGCAGCUCAUCUUACACUGGAACACAGAGCUCCUAGAGAUUUAGAUGAAUCUAGUGGCGUUCGGCACGUACGUAGAAUGUUUCACCCAGGCCGGGGUUUGGGAGGCCCCCGU